UAUACAAAAAAAUAAUGGAUAUGAUUACGGGCAAUAUCAACACAAAGCAUUAUAAAUAUAAUUUUAUUCAUGAUAAACGAAUACUGUAGUAAGAAUGAGUAUGUUUGGAGAAAAGAUAGAAGAAUAUGAAAUAUUGGAACAUCUAGGUAAAGGAGGAUUCGCAAAUGUAUAUAGAGCAAGAUGUCGACGAACAGGAUUGUUUGUGGCCAUCAAAAUGAUAGACAAAGCCCUGAUGGCAAGUGCAGGUAUGAUUGGGAGAGUACGACAAGAAGUCACCAUUCAUUCUCGCUUGAAACAUCCUGCAAUUUUAGAGCUAUUUACAUUUUUUGAAGAUGCACAUUAUGUCUAUUUAGUUUUAGAACUAGCACACAAUGGUGAAUUGGCAAAGCAUUUUAAAUUAGGAACUCGAGGCCUAUCUGAAAAGGCUGCAGCUGAUAUAUUUCGACAAGUCGUAAGUGGUGUGUUAUAUCUUCAUACUCAUAACAUAAUACACAGAGAUUUGUCUCUAAACAAUCUACUGCUUACCAAAGAUCUUAAUGUCAAAAUUGCUGAUUUUGGUUUAGCCACUCAGCUAAAUGGCCCAGAUGAGAAACAUGUCACUAUGUGUGGAACUCCAAAUUAUAUAUCUCCAGAAGUAGCAUCAAGAGAGUUACAUGGAUUACCUGCAGAUGUCUGGGGAUUGGGCUGCAUGUUAUAUACACUUUUAGUAGGAAGACCACCAUUCCAUACUCAGCAUGUUAAAACUACUCUAAAUAAAGUCAUCAAUGCAGACUAUAAAAUACCUCCAGAGCUAUCACUGCCAGCUCAAGAUUUAUUACUAAAACUCUUGUGCAAAGAUCCUAUUAAAAGAAUCACACUUAAGGAAAUAAUGGAACAUCCAUUUAUAACAAGUUUGUGCUCAAAUAAUUCAAAUGUAACAAAGCAAGAUAUUUCUAGAGAUUCAGGGUUUCUCACCACUCUACAUAGCACUCAGCACAGUGGCAAGAUAAGGCAUGAAGACAGAACUUCAUCAGAUUAUCAAUGCUCAAGUGGAAAUGUUGAAGAUUUAAAGCACAAAGCCUCAAAACUAUCUUAUAAUGUAUUUGCUGGAAUGCAAGAAAACUGUACACAGUCAUCUAAUUGUCAUAGUUAUGAUUAUAAAAUGUGUAUGAAUAGUGAAAAAGGGUCAGAAAUUAUUGAUUUCCAGGCCCAGUUACAACCCAGUAGUAGUAUACUACCCCAAAAAAAUGACAAUAGUUCUGAACAAUAUGAUAUAAAAAAAAUGAAUAUUAACUGUAUUACAACUGAAGGGAAAAGAAUGAUAAACUGUGGAGAAAAUAAAGAAAAUAUCCCUAAAAGUUGCAAUUCCACGUCAAAUGCAAUCGGUGUUCCACCAUUAUGUGCAGAAAGAUUGCCAGUUAUUUCACACAGAACUCGUAAUGCUAUAUUAAAGAUAGAACCUACUGCAGUUAUUGUGGAAUUUAUAAAAAAGAAAGGGAAAGACAGAGAAGAGAAGGUUGUUGAGAUAUGCAAAAUUACAAAAGAUGGAAUGAAAAUAAUAAUCUACUCAGUUGAUAACAUUAAAGAAAAAUAUAUAACACCCUUUGCAGAACAUAACCCAAGCCCUGAUGAAGUUUUUUCCUAUCAUAAUCUGCCACAGAAACAUUGGAAAAAGUAUUUAUAUGCAUCUCGAUUUGUAGAACUUGUAAAAGCUAAAACCCCUAAAAUAACUUUAUACUCUUCACUAGCCAAGUGCCAACUUAUGGAAAAUAAUGUGGAUAUGGAAAUAUUUUUUUACAAUGGAGAAAAGGUUGCAUUUGUGUCGACAGAAGGUCUGAAAGUAAUUGAUAAGAAUUCGAAAACUUAUCACAACCCAUAUAAUGUCCCAGAAUUAAAAUAUUUGCUAGAUCAUUAUGAAGAGUGUUCAAACCGCAUAAAGAGAAUACAAUCAGCUCUUUCAUGUAUAUCUGAUGAAUGUUUUCCUUUAAUAAUUGGUAAAAGGCCUGUGCAAACUUUGAGUAAUACUCAAGCUAGUUCUCCAUUACAAGGGUCAGUCAAUGCUAAUUAUAAUAGUCCUCUUUUUAAUGUUGGAUCUUUUCAUCGAACAGCUGCUAGUUCUAGCCAUGCACAUAGUGACUUUAAUAAUAUGUUUUAAUUCACUCAAUGAUAACAUUCAAUUUGAAUGUAUAAAGUAGCUUUCAAUCAACAAGAUUUUAAAAUCACAUAAUCACUGAAGAUGGGACACAUCCAUUAAUGAUCCAGUGUCCAGCUAAAAUUGUAAAUCCAGUAGGAUACCAUAAAUACCAGGAUGCGUAUGUAUUGUACGAAAAAAAUAUCGUUGCGACCAUGAAGCUAAAGAUAUCUGUAGCUUCAUGGUUGCGACUAAACAUUGUAUACCUUACCUACCCUAAAUAUUUGGACAGGCAUAGUUUUGUGUCAUAGCAUA